AUGCCUUCCACCCACGAUAAGGACAAGCCCUGGGACACCCCCGAUAUCGACAAAUGGGCUCUUGAAGAGUUCAAGCCCGAACACAACGCCCUGGGGCUCUCGUUUGCCGAAGAGCUGAAUUUCGUCACCCUUUUCCCCAAGUACAGAGAAGAAUAUCUUCGACUGGUGUGGGCCGAUGUCACCAGGGCGCUCGACUCCCACCACAUCAAGUGUGAAUUAAACCUUGUCGAAGGGUCGAUGACGGUGAAGACCACUCCCAAAACGUUUGACCCGGCGAUGAUCAUCAAAGCCCGUGAUUUGAUUAAGUUAUUGGCCCGUUCGGUGCCAUUCCCGCAAGCAGUUAAGAUCCUCAGAGAUGACAUCGCCUGUGACGUGAUCAAGAUCGGUAACAUCGUCCACAACAAGGACCGGUUUGUUAAACGGCGCCAGCGGUUAGUUGGUCCCAACGGUAACACACUUAAAGCGCUUGAGCUUUUGACCGGGUGCUAUAUCUUGGUACAGGGUAACACCGUCAGUGCCAUGGGUCCGUUCAAGGGCCUUAAGGAGGUGAGACGCGUCGUCGAGGACUGUAUGAUGAACAUCCACCCCAUCUACUACAUCAAGGAGCUCAUGAUCAAGCGAGAGCUCGCCAAGAAGCCCGAGUUGGCCACCGAGGACUGGCUGCGGUUCUUGCCGUCGUUUAAGAAGAGAAACGUCGCCCGCAAAAAGGUCCAGACCGCCGCCAAGAAGGAGAAGAAGGUGUACACCCCGUUCCCGCCCCAGCAACAGCCGAGAAAGGUCGAUCUCCAGAUGGAGCUGGGGGAGUACUUUUUGGGCGCCCGCGAAAAGAAGCUCGCCGAGCUCCGCGACAAGCGGUCCAAGCAGCAAGAGGUGCUGGAACAGAGACGCCAGGAGCGCGCCAAGGAGUUUAUCGCUCCCGAGGAGGACUAG